AAGGAUCAGCUCACCCAUGGCACCCAUCAAGAUCUAUGGUCUUACCAUCUCCGGGAAUGUGAUUCCCAUCGAGUUCCUCUGCAAGAACAAUGGCAUCGAGAUGGAGAUUGUCAACACCGACCUCAUGGCUGGUGCUCACAAGACCCCCGAGUUCCUCAAGAUGAACCCCAUGCACUGCAUUCCUACAAUGGACGACGAGGGGUUCACUUUGUGGGAGAGCAAGGCAAUCAUGAGAUACAUCUGCAACAAGCACGGGUUGGAAGCUUGGUAUCCAAAGGAUGUUCAGAAGCGUGCCCUCUGCGAUCUUGCUCUUGACUUCCAUGCCAACACCUUCGUGAAGCUUGCGGGUUACAAGAUCCUGUACCCAGCGGUUGGCUUUGCCGGGCCGGUUACCGAUGAAGAGAAGGCUGCUGCUGAGAAGCAGUGGACCGAGGAUGUGUGGCCUGCUUUUGAGCACAUCUUGAAGAGGAGUGGUGGGCCAUUCUUGGGUGGAGAGCAACCCAACAUUGCGGAUCUUGCUUUCAUCGGGUACACUGGCCCCCUCUUUAACAAGUGCGGGGAUUGCGUUCUAUGCAAGACUGAAGGCUUCAAAGCAUAUUUUGAGGCUCUCAAGGCCAAGCUGGGUCACUACAGUGAGAUCAUGGCACCCGCUGAGGGAUUUUACAAGUAAAAUAAUCAUACAAAUAGAGUUCUGUGGAUUAUAAAGCUGUCCUUGCUGUA